AUGUCAGAAUGGGCGCAAAGCUUGAAACAGAAUCGAGAGUACGAGACGGACGAGACUAUCAAUCUACUCAUAUCUUUACGGCAGAUCGAUGACCAAGUACAAGAUGCGCUCUUCACGGCCGAUGGUUCGCAGCUCCCAAUUUCCGAUGGGCGAGCAUUGAUGCAUGUUCGAUUUAUAGAUGCACAACUCGAUACAUGGAAAAGAGAGUGCGAUGGUGUUGCAUCACAAAGACUACUCGAACUUUCAUUCUCGUACGCUAAGAUGCAACUGCAUAGCGUAGCCCUUCGCUCGUCGCCCUCAGAGUUACCGGCGUCGGUACGUUCAUCGCAGAUCAACAGCUUGCUCUCGUCACUUGAGGCCGGUAAACGAUUCUUGGAUACACUCCUUUCGUUUCCAGCUCAAGAGUAUCACCUGAUAUCGUUCUCGGAAUGGAUGCGUUUGCCCGCGGUCAUUAUGACGGUCGCCAGACUAUGCAUCCCCUCUGAACAACAUGCCACCAUCGGAUGGGACACUCAAGCCGCGCAAGACAGGGUCCGCCUAGAUCUCUGCCUUGAGUCAAUCUGCUAUCGAAUGUCAACCUUAACGGCCUUUGAUAAGACAAAGCGGCCUGAGACUGACUUCUGGCACGCUAUGCAAAUGAUCAAUGAUCUGACGAAGAAUUGGUACAUUCGCAAGAUCCGACCGGAGCGACCUAGCCAGACACCAUCAAUACCUACAACAGGCGACUCGACUGAGCACAGUGUCAGCGAAGGCUCAUGCCCUAUCACUGGCGCACCAAGAGUGCAUCCAACCCACCAUGCGAGCGACCGAUACAACCACUUAGCUGACACCAACUAUAUGGAUGAGUUCAACAUGGAAAUGCCUCCCGAGACUGAGGCCAACGGCGACCCUUUUGCGCUUAUGAGAAGUGCCGAUUUCGACAUGGGGCAGUUCUUCGAUAUGGCAGGGAGCAUCUGGGGGGAGGACAGCUACAACAGCUAUGCUGGCAUGUCGUUUGGAGGUGGUGCUCAGUUCUGA